GUGACUGGUACUUGGGCAACCUGUGGAAGAAUCACCGGCCCUGGCCCGCCCUGGAGAGGGGCUUCAAUACAGGUGUGAUCUUGCUGCUGCUGGACCGACUGAGGAAGCUGCGGUGGGAACAGAUGUGGAGACUGACAGCAGAGAGAGAACUGAUGAGCAUGUUGUCUACAUCACUGGCUGACCAGGACAUCUUCAACGCCGUGAUCAAACAGAACCCCUUCCUGGUUCACCAGCUGCCCUGCUUCUGGAACGUCCAGCUGUCAGACCACACCCGCUCUGAGAAGUGCUACAAGGACGUUUCAGACCUCAAGGUCAUCCAUUGGAACUCUCCUAAGAAGCUGAGAGUAAAGAACAAGCAUGUAGAAUUCUUCAGGAACCUGUACCUCACCUUCCUGGAGUACGACGGAAACCUCCUGAGACGAGAACUCUUCGGCUGCCCCAGCGAGACAGACCACAACAGCGAAAACCUCCAGAAGACUCUGUCAGAGCUGGAUGAAGAUGAUCCGUGUUAUGAGUUCCGCCGGGAGCGUUUCACGGUUCACAGGACCCACCUCUAUUUCCUUCACUACGAAUACGAACCCAGCACGGACCACACAGACGUUACACUGGUGGCACAGCUCUCUAUGGACAGACUCCAGAUGUUAGAGGCUAUCUGUAAACACUGGGAAGGUCCUAUCAGCCUGGCCCUGUAUCUCUCUGACGCUGAGGCUCAACAGUUCCUGCGCUACACCCAGGGGUCAGAGGUCCUGAUGUCCAGGGGGAACGUGGGCUACCACAUCGUCUACAAGGAGGGUCAGUUCUAUCCGGUCAACCUGCUCAGGAACGUGGCCGUGCGGCAGGUCAACACGCCCUACAUGUUCCUGUCAGAUAUCGACUUCCUGCCCAUGUACGGCCUCUACGAGUACCUCAGGAAGUCAGUGGUACAGCUGGACAUGGCUAACAGCAAGAAAGCGUUGGUGGUGCCGGCCUUCGAGACGCUCCGUUACCGCCUGUCUUACCCCAAGUCCAAGGCCGAGCUGCUGUCCCAACUGGACAUGGGGACUCUAUUCACCUUCAGAUACCAUGUCUGGACGAAGGGUCAUGCUCCCACUAACUUUGCUAAGUGGAGGACUGCCACCACGCCGUACAGAGUCCAGUGGGAAGCGGACUUUGAACCCUACGUGAUGGUGAGACGGGACAGUCCAGAGUACGACAGACGCUUCGUUGGCUUUGGGUGGAAUAAAGUGGCUCAUAUUAUGGAGCUGGAUGCACAGGAGUAUGAGUUUGUGGUUCUGCCCAACGCCUAUAUGAUCCACAUGCCUCACGCUCCCAGUUUCGACAUCACCAAGUUCCGGUCCAACAAGCAGUACCGCGUCUGUCUGAAGACCCUGAAAGAGGAGUUUCAACAGAACAUGUCUAGACGGUACGGCUUCGCUGCCCUCAAAUACAUGACUGCAGAGAACAACAGCUAGCCAACACCGAUGAGCCAGGACACUCUGACCCGUUAUUGACUACACUACCCAUAACCCUCUCCUCUAAGGCUGUCUAGGACUACACUUCUACCGAGGAGAGGGAAAGGGAUUCUAAGGACAGUCGAUGUAGGGGAGUCGGGAGUGGACAGAACGGUUACUAAAGACUCUUACUACGAACUCUGAUCCGUUAUUGACUACACUACCCAUAACACCCUUCUCUAAGGCUGUCUAGGACUACACCUCUACGGAGGAGAGGGAAAGGGCGGUGGAUUCUAAGGACAGUCGAUGUAGGGGAGUCGGGGAGUGGACAGAACGGUUACUAAAGACUCUUACUACGAACUCUGACCUUUGUGCCAACCGAUCAUGAGGUUUUAAAUUGUGAGCUCUGCUUCUUGUGAACUCUCACCUUUUAAUUUGGGGUUAUGACCUGGUUUAACCAACUAAAGGGUAACCGGGGGUAACCGUAAGGUCGUUGUGUCCCAAACAUUGUUUUUUUUUUACCCCUUCCCGUGGACGGAUGGAGCUUCUGUCCAGAAGUUGCAGACCUGGUUUCUAUCUGGGAGAGGAAGCUGUUGCUGUGAAUGUUGAGUCAAUACAGGGCUGGUUUGGACUCAUACAACUCUCUGUUCUUCUCUAACAAUAGAACUGGGCAUCACUAUGGGAGGGAAGGAAGGAGGGAGGAAGGGAAGGAGGGAGGGAGGGAAGGAGGGAGGGAGGGAGGGAGAGCGGGGAGAGAGACUGACUGUAGCCCUGGACUUGGAAAGCAGACAAGACAUUUGUUCUCUGGGCCAUAUCUAGAAGACCAGCUGCUCAUUCACAGCUGCUGUUUGUUGUGCUAAAUGUAAUAUGGUAUGUGUGUGUCUGUCUUCCUGCCUCCCUCCCUCCCUGCCUCCCUCCCUCCCUGCCUCCCUCCUCCCUGCC